AUGGAAAACUAUACGUACAACAGUCUCACUCUCCAGCUCGAGGGGAUGAGGAUCACAGAGACCAACAAGUACCCUGUCUUCUUUUUCUUGCUCUUGGCCUAUGUGUUCAUCUUAGUUACCAACAUUGGCAUUAUGGUCUUGAUAUGGAGAAGCCUUCACCAGCCGAUGUAUCUCCUCUUCUGUAACCUGUCGAUAAAUGAUGUUAUGGGCAACUCUCUCCAGGUUCCACGGAUGCUUGCAGACAUCUGCGUUCCUCCCUCUGAGCGCCUCAUUCAUUACUAUGAGUGUGUGGUCCAAGCUUUCACUGCACACAUGUUCGGCACCAACUCCCACACUCUGCUCAUGAUCGGUCUGACCAUACGGCUGAACCGAUGCAGGACUCUGAUCACUAACCCUUUCUGUGACAAUGCCUCGCUCUUUAAACUCUCCUGUGAGGAUUCAAUUAUCAAUAACAUCUAUGGCCUCACUUUCACUGUGGUCCUGCUCUCAUCCUCUAUCGGCAGUAUAAUCCUCACCUAUUCAAAAAUUACAAUGGCCUGUCUGACCAGUAAGAGUAAGUCUGUGAAUAGUAAAGCCUUGAAGACCUGCAGCACUCAUCUGUGCCUGUAUCUGAUAAUGCUAGUCAGUGGAUUGAUCCACAUUGUCCUCCAUCGCUUCUCUGGGGACGCAGAGUACAGAAAGAUUUCUGGCAUUCUCUUUCACAUUGUUCCCGGCAGCCUCAACCCUCUUAUCUACGGCCUGCAGUCCCAAGAAAUACGCAAAUGUUUGUCAAAUAUAUUCAAUCUUAGAAAAGUUAAGCUGAUAUUGUAA